CUACGCUACAUUGAAUUAACAUCCGCCGGCGGUUCGUUCAUUCGAUGUCUCGCCGUCAGCGUUGCUACGUUGACGCGAAUAGACGUGUUUCGAUUUGGCGCCAAAAUGAUUCCAUACGAUUUGAAACAUCGUAACGUUUUAGUAAAGUUUUCGAAAUAUAACUGUUAAUAUUUUAAUGUCUACAAAAUUCUAACAGUUAUAAUUAAGUGAAUCUAGUGUGGAAACUUAGUGUUGUGUUGAUUUUAUUUACUGUUACUCGUUUUUAUACAAUCAACUGCACGAUGCAAACCGUUCUGAAUUUGAAUAUUUCUAUGUUGAGAGUGAAUAGUUUGGUAUUUUUAGAAAUAUGUUGACGGAUUUUCUUGUAUUUUUACUUGUUUUAAUACACACAUUCCAUAUUGCAAACUCCUCAAGUCUGCUAUGCGGGCGCACCAAAGAGGUGGAGGUGGGCGGUAACGUCGGCGCAGGAGCAGCGCUUGCACUCACCUUACUACGCCCCCCAUCAUCCACCUCGAAUACUCCUUGUCAAUUACGUCUGACUGCACCAGACGCUGCGGCCUUCACAGUUCGUCUUAUUGACGUGAAGGAAUCGCUGUCAGAAUGGGAACGUGGAGUGGGUGAUGUUGAGGCGCCGGCGCCGGUUGCGGGUGCGCAAGGGCGCAAAUGGAGCAUGCGGAGUGCGCAUGCGCAGGACACAGCCACUGACGAGACCUCGCAUGUCACUAACUCCACUGAUUCGUGUAAACUUCUCGUGUACAUUGGUGAAUCGAAGACUCCGAUAUGGCGAUUAUCAUUGUGUGGCGGGAACGCAGCAGCGGUGGCAGCGAAAGCUGGUACCAAGCUGUUACCACCAAAGAUCCGCAUAGCUUGGAACCCGCCCUCCACACUUUACCAUCAUACAGAGAAACUGCGACUAGUGGUCACGGCCGUUAAUAGUGGUUCUGUUUGCAACAAUGAAUCUCAAUUUAUAUGCGGCGGGACCGGCUUGUGUAUAUCAUCCUACCUGGUCUGCGAUGGCGUCCGCCAUUGCCCAGGAGGUGAAGAUGAAGAUUCCAGCGCCUGCUCCCAUCGUCGCGACUCUCCACUCUUGGAGAUGCUGAGGAGAUUUGCGGCAAGGAACCAGGAGCUGCUGGGACUGGACCAGCCGGAUGGCGUGACCAAACCUUCGGUCAUAAUGAAGAUAACCGAGGGCGAACAGAAACAAAAUGCGUUCAUGGAGUUCGCAGCUGCGUUGAAGCCAUAUGGUCCUUGGAGCUACCUCGUCGUGGGAAUGCUGGUCUGCGCUACCAUACUCAUGUUCUGUCUGGCUUGGGAAUGCUGUUGCAAACGAUCUAAGCCAUCAGACACGCCAAUCAUACCUGCAUCUUGUAUUGAUCUCUCUCCUACUGUCACAGUUACCGCUGCUUCGCAACAACUCUUCGAUACAUCGAUACCUCCUUCGCCCCCGGAGUACGAACCCCCACCAUCUUACUCCUCGCUUUUUCCCAGAGCUUACAAAUCCUCUCCCUCCCCUGUCCCCCACUGCUCCCACCAGGAGCCUCCAGACUGAUAGAUUAAUCAAUAGUCGAUUACAAAAUGGGUGUUGCGAACUAUAGCCAAAUCAUAGAGAACUGUUAAUCUAGUAUAAGUUUAUGUAGUCUGUAAAUGUAAUUCGAAAAACCAAGUAAAACCAAUACACGUACGCGUGAUAUCGUAAGGGAGGAAUUCAAUUUGAACAUAAUGGUGAUACAAUUAGACUUUCUUCCAGAGACAAUUUCACAAGAUAUAAAUGUCUUAUAUUUAAGUCUUGACCUUUUUGGACGAGUUCCAUUAAAUCUAACUAAUGGUACGUGACAUGAGUAGCGGCCAAAUUUUUAAAUUUUUGGUCAAUUAUCUUCAUGUAUCUUUAAUAAUUUCCAUUAUUUUUUUUUAUUCCCAAAUGUUUAAUUUCUAUAACAUUAACAGAUAUUAGAUCAUUCAAAUCUCAUUUUUUAGUUUCUCUUAUUCUGGGUUCUUCUAGGAAGUUACAACGUAAAAUUCGAAAAUGUUUAAAUUCUAUUGAUUACGCGGAUAAUUUUAAAAUAACUGUCUAAUUAAUACAAUAAUAAUAUUUAAAUAAAAUCACGUAAUACAUAAAAGGAUUGUGCUUUCAUAUGUAAAUAUUUUUUGUCUGUGACAAUUUUGACAUAAAAGUUACGUUGACAAUAAUAUAAGAAAUUCAAUUUGAAAUAUCAUCAGUGUUACCUGACUGUAGUAGUACCGAACGAUAAUAAAUUAUCGUACAAUUACAAUCAUUUAUUAUUAACACGCAAUCAUACAAUUGCGUAGUAACAAUUGUAGUACAUUGUUUAUUUGGAUAUUAUUAUUCCAUUGUAUACAUUAAGAAAUCACAGAUAUAGUAAAUUUGGAAUAGUAUUUCAAUUUCAUAGACAUUUAUUUUUUUAUGUAGAAACUUUUUUCAACACGACAAGAAAAAUCAUACAUUAUAAGAAUAUCCUAAUUCAGCAGUCAAACCAUUGAGAUUGUUAACACUGACAUAAAGAUGUAUAUAUUUGUAAAUAUAUUUCCAUACAUGAGAUAGAUACAUAAAUAAAUGUUUCAGUAUGUCAUUGUAUAUAUUGCAUGAAUGGCAUAGUUUAAGUACAAUGUUUGUUUAUUAUACUUGGGACCAAGUUUAUUAUUUUAUAUAACAGUAUUUUUAAUUAAUGUUCCUUACAGGAAGUGUUUGUUAGUAUAGUGCACAGCUUUAUAGUGACUGAUAGCGGUUUAGGAGUUAUGUGUGUACACCUAUUAUGUAAUAUGUCAGUGUUUGUUCUUCAGUCUCAAUAGGAAAAAAUAUGUUUAAAUUAAUUGAAAAUUAUUCCAAAUUUAAUUGUGAAGGUAGUAAUUGUUAUAGUGAUACUAAAUAACACAAACAAAUAAUUAUAAUAUUUUACAAAUAAUUAAAAAGCUGAAUCAGUUUUGUUUGUAAAUGCAAGACUUUUGUAUUAGCUAUCUAUUUUUCAACUCUAAUGCCUGCGCUUACAAAUAAUAGAAUUUUUCGUCUUUAAAGACAUAUCAGUAUAAGUGUGCUUUUAACUGAUGUUACCUCUUUAAAGAGAUAUUUGACUGCAUUUUACAGUAAAUAAUUAGAUUAUGUAUAUAUUAUUUACUUAAUGAUUUUUAAUUGUAAUGUUUAAGUCAUAUACAACAUUAUAAUUUAUUAUGAAAAAAACGUAUCAAAGAAAAAAAAAUGAAAUAAAAAAGUUUUUAAUGUUUCUUUCCUUUUCUUUAUAUAUAAAUAUUAUUUUUAAAUAUUAUAUUGGUUUCAAAAUUACAUAUCUAGAAAUAAGGCUUUGUCUACAUUUAUUAAAUCUUUUAUGAUUAAACUAGUCUUAUUAGAAUCUGUUUUAUUUUCUAGAUAAUCAUUUUAAUAUUCCAGCACUAGGAUAUUGGGUAACGAUUAUUAUUAUUCUUAAGAUUAUCGUUUGUAAAAAUAUUCAGAACCUAAUUAAUGUGUACCUAAGCAUUGUAAAGUGAAAGUGAUAUAUAUUGUAAGUAAAAUAUAUGGUAA